AUGUGUGUCGUUCUCACAACUCUGAAGUGUGCAGAGAGUCCAGACGUGUCCUCGCCUGCAGCACGUUCAGCCACAGAGGGAGUGAGACGUUGCUCGUCAGCACUCGGUCAAGACAUCGAGCACAAGUCUCGAGCAGGAACACAACGGAACGGUGCGCAGUGUUCUACCUCUGCACCGCCGCCGGUCACGGUGCACAGUGAAGCUCACUGGAAAGCCCGUAGGAUGACGAGGAGCAGGCUGGAGAAGGCCAGGCUCCGUCUGCAGCGACGCGUCCAGGAGGCCACGAACUUAUUUAGUGGCAAAGAGAUGACCCAAUCCCAAGUCAAGAAGAAACAGAAAGCUUUAAAAGUCUUGCAGCCUGCUUUGCUUGAAGAGUUCCUGGAUGCCGUGAAAAGUUUUCGGGCGUUCUGCUCCGGGCCCCCGCUCCAGGACUUGAUCCUUCUCUCUGACUCAGUCAUACAGCAGUGGGAGGAUGUGCGCAGAGAAAUGGCCGCCUUUGUUCUCAGCUUGAAGUCUAACGUCAGAGAAGGAAAGCAGCCGUUUUCUGGUUUGCAAAGGGAAGUGUUUCCCGACACGCUGCAUGAAGCUACGGACCAGACCAACCCGGAUUCAGUGCGGCAGCCGCAGGCUGUCACUCAGAGGGCUUCAUCCGAGGGAUGUUUUGAUUCACUCAGAGAGUUGCGUGAGACGCCAAAGAAAUCCUUCAGCCUCGCAACAAAUCAGCCGACGGACGAAACACGAGCCGGUGACACAGACCUCUGGGGGGUGCAGCUUGAAGCCCCGCUGAGUCCGACCGACCCACCGGCCCAAAAUCAGCCGAACUGUCUCGCACCGAAACGAAGCACGAACUGUGACACACAAACUGUGGAUGGGGCUGUACCGGCGUACGGUGGUGACGUCCUCCAGGACGUCCCAGGUGAGGACGAGGACCCCCUCAUGCAGAACGAAGGCUGCGGGUGGGAGAGGAGGCAAACUUCACUUCAAGCUAAAGAACGGCUGCUGAGCUCUCGCCUGCUGUUCAUCACAGAGAGCAGUCAGGAAACUCUCACACAGGCAGCUGUCAGGAGCAACUCUUUGGAGGGCAAACAGGAAGCAGGAUGGACCGGCGUCCCACCGCAGGAGCAGGACGACCCCUCUGAACAGGAUUCACUCCCAGGAAUGACAUCUCUGGAGGUCACUGCUGACCUGAUGGAGUCACAAGAUGACCAGACGUCAGUAUUCACAGAAAAAGUAAACCACAUCAUCCGUCAGCCUUUGGAUGUCUCUUCUUUGACGUUGGCUGAAUCUACGAUGUUUUCUGACCUAAAGGAAAUCGAUGAAACUCUGACGAUUGAAAUAAGGAAGCUUUCAGAGGAGGAAAGCGCCAACGUUACGUCCCAGUCCUCCGUCUGCCAGCUGCUCCACGGCAGCGUUCAGCAUCUGGAGCAGCUCAGACAGCUGCUGGGUGAUACUCGGUCAGUUGUCCACGAUCUGGAUCACUUCCUGGACGCUCUGAGAGAAAUCAAGGACACAAUCCCAACCCUGCUUGCAAACCAGGAGCCCAGCAGGCAGGACGGUGGAACGGACUGGGAGGAGGGAACGUAUACAUGGCAGACAGCAAUGCAGAGGUUGACGCCUGCCAUGGAACAAUCUCAUGUCGUUGACGGUCAUCUAACGGCAGCGGGGAUGACUCUGACCAUGGAUGGUGCAACUGUAACAUGCCAGGAUGUGGUGAAAUCUGUGUUCAAGCUUGUGACAGCCUUGAGAAAACAGAAGGGAGGAGGACAGGGAAGGAGAAUGCAGGUUGUGAAUCUUCCAGAGACUGGGAUUGAUUCAGCGCUGCGAGGAGGGGAGCGCUCCACUCCAGGCGCUACAGAGGAAGAGUCGAGUUUAGAGGCCAAAAGAAGAAAACUGGAGGAAGAGAAUAAAAUGAAGACGCAAGUGGAGGAGGCGCAUAAGACUCAAACAUGGAGGUCUGAGGGAGGUAUGGUAAAAAACCAAGAUCAUACACAACGAAGGAGCAGCCAGAUGGAGAGAACGAUGAAUGAAAACGAGAGUUUGGUUCAGAGGAGAGCAGCUUUGUUGGCAGCUCUGAAGGAGACGAAGGAAAGAGCUGAGCAGCUGGAGCUGCGGGAGCCCACUCUGCCUGCUCUGCAGCACAGGACGCAGGUCUUAACAAAGUUGGAAAGUGCUCUUGCAGUCCUCAUCCCUGAGCUGCAGUUCGUACGUGAUGCCUCCUCACAGUCGGGGCUCCUCGACGAGAAUCGGACCGGAGAGGAGCUCUGGGAGGAGACGACAAGAGCCGUAACUAUACAGCUGGAGCGGUGUUCUGUCCUGACGGAGCUGCUGAAGAGGUGUCGGAGCAGACGCAGUGAGUUGAGCCGGACUCUGGGGAGAGCCGAGAGCUCCAUCAGCGAGCAAGUCUCCUACAUCGGGAAAGAUUACCUGCAGAGACUACGCUCAGGGGUCGAGGAGACAAAAUCAGAACUGAACGGUCUUGGAGGUGACAUCGAGGAGGUCCGCAGCGUCUGCAGGCAACUUCACUCCCUGCUGCGUCAGAUACCCGGCUGCUCCGAUACUCCGUUUGAGAGCGAGGCGGAGGCUCUCAUGGAUCGCUGGCUGGAUUUAUCAGAAAGGACAGAGUCGUACUAUGAAAACCUUCAUCUUUGCUUGACAUUAUGGGAUGGAGUCCUUCAGCUGGGGGCAGAAGUGGAGAGCUGGGCCGACAGCAAACUGGUAGUUUUUGCUCAGAGUCCAUGUUUUCAGAGUGAAGACAUCAAGGCACUGCAGAACCAGAUUAUAAUCCAAGAGAGGAGCGUCGAACGUUUCCAUCAGAGAGCCGCCGAGAUUCAGUCACUGCUUCAAAGCUCAGAGACCCCUCUGGAGCUGCAGGUGGUAGAGACCCAGGUGAGAAGGAAAAUGGAGCAGCUGAAGGAGCUUGUUUCUGAAGCCGAGGAGGUUGAUGAGCAGAUGGAGGCCACUAAAACACAAAUUGUUAGGAGGAUGACGGAGUGUCUGAACUCCCUCCAGAAGAUUCAAGACUCCCUCGGUGCUCUCACCGCUUCAGAUGUUCCAACAGUCUGUGCUAAACUCAAGGAGUUACAGCAGCAGCUCCACCUCCAGGACGAGCAGGCGCAGAGUUUGGUGGAGGAUAUGCGAGUUGUGGCUUCUUUAGCUGGUCCAGAGUGCUUCCAGAGGCUGUCUGUUACUGGGAUUCAGCUGCAGGAGAAAGUCCGAAGCUCCCAUCGACUUUUCUCUGAGGUGGAGCAACAGACUGAGAGGAAUAUCCAGGAUCUGCACAGGCUACAAGCACAGAACGAACAUCUGGAAAAAUGGCUUCAUGCAGCUGAGGACAAGGUUUUGAAGGGAGAGGCCCUUGGAUGCUUGAGAGAGGAAACAUUUCAACAACGUGUGAGAACGGAGCUCAUCACCCAGCUCGUGUCGUCUUUACGAAGCAGCAACCUUCAGCAGGUGGUGCUCCUGGAGCAGAGCUGCCAGCUGCUGGAAACAUACCACACCUUCCACACAAGGAUACAAGGCCGCUCGGAGGAGGAGCAGCGCUCCCCGAACGGGGGCGGUGAAAAGUUUGUGUUUAAAUCCGCACAGCGGCAGACUGAAGAUGUAAGGCGAACCGUUGACCCACCUCUUGUUGAACGCAGCGAGGUCCCGACUCCUGUAGAGCUCAGACAUCACUGUGUUCAAUGUCCACAGAGUUUGUGCUCCAGCCUCGAGGAAGGUCAGAGUAAUGAGAAGCACUUCGGCCGGCAGCUGCAGGACUGCCACCGUAAUUUGACAACCCCGCAGGAAAACAUGUCGGUUUGUCAAGACCAGAAAGACGAGACGAGCGGACCGAGCAGAGAGACAGCAGCUCUGCAGGCUUCAUUAGAAGAUGUAACGGAUGUUGGAAAAGACCUUUUACAACCUGAACGGCUCAGGAACUCCCUCACACUCAGUUCCACCGCUGAGGCUCUAGCCAGCACUUAUGAGCGAGUCAAAGGCCUCGAAAACCAGAAGAUGACGAUAGAGAGCAUCAACGAACAUCUACAGGUGCCACCGCUUACAGGGAACCCAAGAGUUCUGGACGUUAGGGAAGAGGCCUCCCUGUUGCAGACAGAACUGAGAGUUUUGGCUGAAAUUGUGGGGAUUCUGUCUGAGACCGAGCCAGAUCUCAAGCAGCUGACACAGCAGGGGCGUACGAUACAGGACUGUGAGAAAAAGAUGACAGAGUUGGCUGUCAGAGUUAAUGAUCUGCAGAGGACAAGGGAAGCGCAGGAAACUCCUCCUGCAGAUGUCAUUUUAACUGUCAGUGCCAUUUCUGAAGACCUCAGCAGCUUGAGGUCAGUUUUUGAACGGAAGCAGCAGGAGUGUGUAGAAAACGCAGCUGAGUCUGUCAGAGGAGUCGUGGGGCGGCUGCAGCGGUGGAGCCACGCGGUUCAGACCGAGACAUCCUCACUCAGUCAAGACUCUUUGGAUGAAGGUUUACGGCUUCAACAAGCACUCUGUGAAGCUACUGCGGAAGAAAACUUCCUUCUACGUUCUUUGGGAUCAGAAGUGGUGACGAUUCUGUUGAAAACCGCUUCAGAUGCUCUCAGUGAAAGUCAAACUGCAAUGGAAACUCUGUCUAGAUGUUCGAUCGGUCACAUUCGAGUGGAUUUCCCAAAUCAAAGUGAUGAAGGGAAGGAAGACUGGGCAUUAUCUGAUAACGCCACAGGUUUCUCCUCUGCAGCAGAUGGAAAGAAAGUGUCAGGUGGUGAACAUGACAGCCAGAAUCAUCCUAAAGUAGUUUUUCACACCUGUCCUUUCACUGUUGCGUCCGGAGCAACACAUAAAGCAGAUAAUACCACAGAGCAGAACCUAUCAGGCGCUUCAGGUCAGAAGGACGUCUCCGUUGUGAAUCUAACAAAAAGCCUCAUGAGUAUAAACCAAGAACAGGCCUCAACCUCUGUUCAGACCACAUGUGCAAAACGUCCAGAUGUUGUAAGAUCAGGGACUCCUCCAUCAGCUUCACUAGAGUUUAACCCUCAGACUUUUCUUUGGUCAAACGAUGAACGAGGCAAACUGUGUACUAACGCUCAAAUUGGCACGCACAUAAUUCUUCCUGAGUCACACACUCUUCCUGCUCUUUACAAGUCGUCCCUGCCAGAAGCGACACAAUCAGCCCCUCUCAAUGUGUCCGAUCACCUCCCAGUCCAGCCCGACACUUCCAGGGCUUCAGCAGAUGCUCAGGGAGAAGAAACGCACUCUGAGAUCACAAAGAAAGCGUUUACAGUGGUGCUCGACAUGCAGCUACAGGAGCGUUCUGCUGCCUGCAGUCCAGAUGUUCUCAGAUGUUCUCAGGUGGCAGAGCUUCUCGGUGCUCAUCUCCCAGAGGAGACACCUGGACUCUUCACAGGAUCCGUCAGUCCAGAAUCAGACCAAGCUGGUUUAAAAAGCUGUGAUAUGGCUGCACAGUCCGACGCUUUCAAGGAUAAAACUCAAGCUGUAGAUCAUAAACAUCAUGAUGGGGACGUCAGUGGAAGUCCAGAUGAAGUAUCUGCUGCAGUGUUGGAGCUGCAGGAGUGGGACACACAACAAAGUGGGACUAUUGAGCCCGGCAGGUCAGAUGCUUUCAGGCGAGGAGCUGAGCUAAGUGUUGCAAGACUUGCAGAAAUGUCAAACGCACAAUUUCCUGAGAAGAAGUUCCGACUCUGCUCCACAUUAAGCGGUCCUAAAUCAAACGAGAGGCUUUUAAGAAGUCUUUGUUUCAGCUCUGAAUCAAACAUCUCAGUGAUGGGUUUCUGUCAACCCGAGGAAGAAGCGGAGCGCUCUGCCCUCUGUGCUGCAGAAGAAUCAAAACCUCGUGGAGAUGUUUCCAACGAAGCGCUAAAGAACGCAGCUGAACGUGAACAGCUGACCGCAGCAGACGCCGAACAGGACACAGGUGUAGCAGGUGAGGCGGUGGAACAACGAGGAGCUGAACGCACAGACGGCCAACACCGUAAAACGCCAGCAGAACAAACCAGAGCUUCACAGCUAAAUGAAGAGAGUGAACCGGAGCAUCGUGGAGGGCACAAGGUUACCGUGAAGGCUCUGGAACAGCCUCAGAUCCAAAAAGGCAUGGAGGCUGAAAGGAGUAGUUCACCAGCUGAUCUUGGAGCUGCAGAGGUGACCGGUGGGUCGCCAGAGUCCUACAAACCCGGGUUUACCAUGCAGGAUGUUCUGUCUGACAUUCAGGGCCUGGUUGAAAGAAGAAACAUCAUAAAUCGAACACCCCACCCUGAUUUAAACUGGUACCUGACAUCAUCUCGUGGUGAAGCAGACGUUCGUUUAGCACAAACAGUGCAACGAGUUUUGGCAUGUCGAUAUGAACCGGCGCAACUCUGUGUCACAGCUAUGGCUAACCAGCUGAAGGAGGCACGGGAGUGUGAGCGUUCUGUUCAGGAGUUAGUGGCUGCCAUGAAAACCAGCACAAUAGCUUCGGAGUCAACUGAUCCAAAACGCGCUGAGAGACAGUGGAGCGGCGCUCUGCUGGACGCUGUCGCCACCGUGCAGGUCAAAUCAGCACAGCUGGAUCAGGUCAACCAGUAUCACCACCAGAUGAGGAUCACCAAAGCUUUUCUUGAAGUUUUGACAGAAGAGAUGGAAAAAACAAGCUUAAACUCUUUGAGAGGCAGUGGCCUUCAAGCUGCAAAGCUUCACGCUCUGCUUCAGACCAUAGAGCAGAAGAAGUCAACGAUGGAGCAUUUGCUCAACUUAGGCAGCAAACUGUCCGUCCACCUGAGUGAUGCUGAAGGUUCAGGCGCUCUCCAUGCUCAGCUCGGGGAUCUCCAGGAACAGUGGAGGCUUCUGAAAGGACGUAUCAGAAGAGCCUUUCAGCAGGCGUCAUGCUCUAAAUCUCAAUAUUCGCUCGUUUUAGAAGAGGCGAAGCAGCUUCACGACAAACUAGAAGAUUUUCUGGAACUUGAAACUGACGGCCUAAGUUCUUUAGAGUUAGUCUGUCUGACCACAGAUCUAAAACUGUACAACCAGCUCUACUUAAGCUUACAGUCCCGGUCACAUGCCCUCGUCAAUUUCUCUUUGGGUCAGAAAGAAAAGGAUGAGCUUGAACAUUAUCUGCAGGAAUUAGGAUCGUUGUUCAACGUCUGUAAGGAGAAACUUGAUGCCUGGACACAAGGCUGUGGGAGCAAUUCUUUAAUUAAGAUCAACAAACAGCUACGCGACCUAAUCGUAUGGGCGAAGCAGGCGGAAACCCACAUUUCUACUGGGCAAAAGUUGGCUCUUUUUCCUGACGAGGCUCGCGUUCAGAUUGCCGAAAUGAGGAAGUUUCAGACCGAUAUUUUGUCUAGGCGGAGAGAGAUGAGACUACAAGUUGAAGAGAUGAAAGGCGAGGAAAAUGAAGACGGUGAAGUAUUGAAGACGGCAGAAGACUUGUAUGAAACCGUUGCCGACGGCUUGGAUCAAGUUCUUGACUCCAUGAAGACAAGUCUUAGUGAAAGGGAGGAACUUUUAAGUGAGCUUGCUAGCUUAGACUCCUGGGUAGCAGAAUUACAUGCUAACAGAGACCCCUGCACACGUACUGAGAGCAUUUCAAAAACGUGCAUCGGUAACCUUGAGCGUGAGCUGGAAACUCACAGAUUAGCCACAGUGGAGCUGGAGAAGCAACUACAACUGCUGGACACUUUGUCCGAAAGUUGCACAAAAAUCUGCAUGCAGUUAAGUCCAGGAGAGGGCCGCUUCCUUUCCACAAGGCUUUCAGGGCUAUGGACGGAGUUAGAUGGACUUCUAGCUCAUGAGAAAGCAACCAUUAUGGAAUUAGAGGAGCUGAUACAUCAGCGGACAUAUUCAGAUGAGGAGUUGUCUACUAUACAGGAUAACUUAAAGGAAAUUGCUGCUGAUUUGGAGCAACAGAAGUUCCCUUUGACACAAGAGACAUGGUCUAUAAUGGCGAACUUGAAGCACAAAUUAAUGGAGCAUCAGUGCCAAGUCCAAGAGCUUCAGCACUGCCAGCAGGACAAGCGCAACUCUAUGCUUUUUGCAAUUAGUGACCUGCAAGAGAAGUGCAAAGUUCUCUGUGUAAAUAUGUUUGAACAAGACAAAUACUUGUGCCUGAGAGAACAACUGGAGGGAUCUAUGGAUGUCGCCAAAAGCCAAAUCCAGGAUGUUAACAACCAAGCAGUAAAUCUAAAUGAGCGGUUGAGAUUGUGCCACGCACUCCUAGUUGAACUUCCUUUGGUCGAGACACAAUGCGAAGCAGCAGCAGAUCAACUGGAGACCAUAGCUCCGGAGCUACACGCGUCUGAGCUGCAUUCAGAAGAGGAAAAGAUUCGCCGCACGCUGAAAACUUUGACCUCCUGGGAGCGUUCCGUCUCCGACGAGCUCCAAGACCUGGAGGCUAAGUUUCUGCCGUAUCUGCAGUGUGACUCUGAGCUUCCUGCUUUAACCGAUCUGUUACACAAAACAAGACUGGGACUGGAGGGAGCGAAACCAGUCAGUCCUGAUGAGAGAGCCAUAGAUGUUGAGCUGCAAAACUACUGGGUUAUUUUCAGAAAUGUAGAGUCUGGGAUGCGAGUGCUGGAAGGUCUGGCAGAGAGAGAAAAUGUCGACAUGGGGAACUUCAAGGGCCUGUAUUCUCUCAGAGAUGCAGCCAUGCAAGAAUGCAACUCACUGAUGGUCGGCCUGUCUGAGGCCAGAGAGUCUUUAAAGGAUUAUCAACGGGCAGCUCAGGAAGCGGUAACCUUUCUUCUUAACGCAGAAGCAACCUUCCUUUUGUCUCCUGGAGAGUUUUUGGAUUGCGCCGAAGAACAAAAGCGGACUCGGCAAGCUUUAAAAACUCUUGAUGAAGAAUUUCAAGCUCACGUUUGUCACCUGGUGGAGCGUCUGCCCCAGCAGAGCUGCAUCUCUCAACCAGAGACUGAACUUCUCCAUUCCAGCAUCCUCAGCCCGUUGCUGGUUAGACGAGCUGUACUGAAGGCUCAGGCUCAUCUCAGACUACAGCGUUUACAGAGGUGUGAAAUAAGAAAGCAGAGUCGUGAAGAGGUACAGCAGCGAGUUUCAGAGUUUGACAACAGACUUUCAGAACUGGCUGCAGAACACGUGACGUCAUAUGAUGAAUGUAUUGCCCUGCAGAAGAAAGCGAAGCUUUUGAUGGAAGAUCUUCACGGGUUCAUGAGGCAGAUAGAAGACCUGGGGGUUGGAUGCCCAGUGCAGGGUUGCAGGUUUCGAAGGGAUGGUGAGCUGUGCGCCCUCUGGAGGCGCUGGGCAUCGUUACGACGAGCCGCGGGCCUCCUGAUGAUGCACACAGAGCAGAAGGGCGAGGAAUGGAAGGACAUCACUACGAGUUUGGAACAGUGUUGCAGCCGCGUGGCUAGUCUUCAGGCUGAGGUUUCAGACUCCGCCAGUGUCUCUCAAGAGGAGCCCCGGGAGCUUCUUUCUCGGGCUGAGCUGCAGCGAUCAGGUCUGGAGCAGGACCAGCAGGCCUUGUUGUCCCUGCAGCAUCGGUUGGAACGCAUCCUGAACUCGCCAGCUCCCCACAAACCCGUCAGCCCCGGACCCAUUGGUAAAACGUUAGUGAAGCUCCAGGAGAGCGUGAGGAGCUUGAAAGAGCGAAACCUGCUGCUUUUGGCUGCAGCCCAGACAGAGGAGAGGGAACAUGAGCAAAUCCAGGAAGACAUAGAAGAUGUGGAGAAGCACCUGUUUGGUGUUUUACCAGAGCUGGAAGUGUGUUCCGAUCCAAACAAAGAACAGGAGCUCCAACAACGUUUGUACUCCCUGAAGAACAAGCUGAAGUCGAUCACAGGCAGCUUACAGAGCCGAUACGCUGCAGUUCCUGCUGACUGUGGAAGGCAGAUUGACGAAGUUAAACAGUCUCUACAGAAAGCAGAAGAAAUGCUCUUGGAGAGGAACAACCCAGUUAGGAAACUGGCUGGUAGAGUGAAAGGUCUCGGUUCUGGCCUGGAGAGAGUGAAAACUUUACUGGAGCAGAGAAGUUCAACACUCGGCGAAGCUCAAGCUGUCCUCAAGCGAGUGUGGGAUGAGCUGGAUUCCUGGCGCAGUAGAUUGAUGCUUCUGGAAAGUGAAGUGCAGGAUCUUGCAGAGGACCAUCCAGAUAAAGCCCAGGUGCUCAUGGACCAGCUCACAGAGCCGCUGCAGCUCUACCAGAACGCAGCGCAGAUGGCCGAGCAGCGCACCGUCUUCCUCAGCAAAAUCCCGGCCUGUCUGCAGGAGUUUGAAGACAUUUUUCACAGAGCUGCCUGCUGGUUAACUGAAGCCCAGACUUGGCUCAGCUCUCCCUGCUCAUUCACAGCAGCUAAAAGUCUCUACAAACGAGCAAAAUAUUUGAAGUUGAUCCAGGAUGACUCUGAGGGGAUCAGACGCACCCUGCAGGACUUCAGGUCAGUGUUGGCUGAGAUCUCCACCGUGUGCGACAUCAGCACCCAGGAGGAGAGGCUGGACCAGAGCUACCAGGAAGUGCACAAAAUGCAGAGCAGCAUCAUUGAGCCGCUGGACCACCUCCUGCAGGCUGCUGCCCUGGUGGAGGACGUUGAGGCGGACUUGAAGACGAUGGAGAAGAACGUCACAAAAAUUGGGUCCAUUUUAUCCUCAAUGGACAUGACUAACAUAACCCCGACAGAACAUCUUCACAACCGACAGACAAUCCUGGCCAGCCUCCAGUCGAUGCGGAGCAGCUUACAGGACAUAAACGGGUUCAAAGAGGAGAUCCACCUCCUGGAAGGAGCAGAGAAGCUUCUGGUUUUCUCCAAAGCCACACAGCUCCUUGAACAGCUGGAGGAGCUGGAAGAAGACACCAAAGAGCAACUCUCCCUUCUGGAGAACAAGAUAAAGGAGGAAGACAGAACUGCUGAGCAUCUUAGCAUCACUUUAGUUUCUGAUUUUACUGAAGAGACGCUGCAGCUGGAAGGACCUGCACGCCGACGCUUCAUCCAGGAGUCUUUUGAGGUGUCUUACUCAGAGGAAGAGGAAGAUGAGGAAGCCGAGAGUUGCCACUCUUCUUCCUCUGACACAUUAACAUGCAGUGUUCCAGAGGACGUGGAGGAGACGCUUCGCCUUUCAGAUGUACAACGUGAGGAUGUGGCUGAAAUGAAGCAGCAGACAGAGGAUCUGGACAAUGCGGCUCAUCAUUUUUGUUUGGAAGCAGAGAUGAGUUCAAAAGAUGCAGCAACAAGCUUUUUAUCUGCGAAUCCCGAGUUUGAUACCGGCAGUGGAUCUCAAAACGCUGAAACUGGAUUAAUAACACAAGACGUGAAAGCAGACAUCUGUCAGACUUUGAAUCCUGAAACCAUAACCAAUGAUAAUCUAAAGCCUGAAGGUGUUGCUGCAGCUUCGGACCUUCAAGAGACAAUGAAAGAGCAAAUUUUAAACAUCGACCCUCAGAUAAAGUCUUCUCUGUUGGAGGACACAAAGUUGAGUCCUUUGAGACCCAUAACUUCAUUCAAAGAAGCAUCAGAAAAGCUCAAAGAAGAGGAAAACAAACAUCUGUCCAUGUUCACACAUCCUCUUUCAGAUCAGAACGUCUGGCUUCAGCAAGAAGUCAGCAUCAGUUUGUUAGAAGGGUCCCAGCAACCUGAGGAGUUUGUUGAAUCAGCAGUCAGUUCUGCAGGACCUGAAGAGGAGGAUGUAGCGAGCCGAAGCUGGUCUCGGCUUCAUUCUCAGACGUUAAAAAAACUCAACUUUUUGAGAAAUGUUCUGGAGGAACAGCAACGCACAGAAGAUGGAGGGACUCGUGAGAAGGUUCAAGAAAAGGAGCCGAGGUCGACCGAAUCGAUUUCUUCAGUCCUGCAGAAAAUCCACAGAUCCAUCAUCGUGCUGAGACGAACGGCCGAAGGUCCAGACCGUUCUCGUCCUGCUGUGACAGAGUUGUACGAAGCUGCACAAAGGAUCCAUGACUGUUUGGACUCUGUACCAGACGUUCUGUUGUGUGCUGGUGUUCAACAUGACUCUCAGCUGAGGCUGCUGCACAAACAGUGUGUAUCAGCUCAGCUGAGAACUUUAGCAGAGCUGCUGAGGAAAGUGGAUUCAGCGAUCACACCUACGUUCUUCAGGGAAGAGCCAGAAGCUCACCGCUGUCUGACGAGCCUUCAGGACUGUCUUCGUACCGUCCAGCGUGUCCUCGACUCCUCCAACAAUCAUGAGGUUGAAGAUUCAGACCUGCAGAACCAAAAUCAGGCAUUCUCCUCCAACAUUCUGUGUCUGCUGGAUGAAUUUGAAACGGGUCUGAGUCGGAUCUUCCCAAAUCUAAAGGAGGUUCCUAGUUUGGAGUGUGCGCUGGGCAGACAUCUGAGAGGAAGUACCGGGGAAAACGUGGAGCUACAAAACGCCUCUCAGUCCUUGCUUCAGGGGAUAGCUUGCCUUCUGGAAAUGGGAGAAUGUUUACUAGAAAGACGGACGGGCCAAGCUCCCAACCGCAGCAAACUUCAAGCUGUUCUCUGCAGACACAAGAAACUCCUGCAGGUCCUCAGGUCCCAGCUGUCUUUCCUUCGGUAUCUGUUCCAACGGGAACCCGAUGCACUCAAAGGUCAAGAGCAUGAAUGGAUGCAGCUGGAAGUCCGGGCUAAAGCACGCCAGCAACAGGCUCUGGAGCAGGAAGUGGCUUCUGAGAAGAGGCUCCAGGACUGGAUCUGCUGGGAGGAUGUUUGUGGUCGACUGGGUCGAGUGUUGGAGGAGUCUGAAGCCUUUAUUAGUGGUGAAGAACCGGAGGGACAUGAUGAUGAGGAAGAGGCGGUUCAGAGCAGACUAGAAGCCUGCGAGCGAGCUCUGCUCCAGCUUGAAGAGGGUGGAGUUCUGUUGGGAACGCUGCUGGACCAGAAGAAGCUGCUGCAGGCGGAGCCGUGCUUUUCCGCCUCCGUGGCUCAGGCAGGGGGCGCUCUGGAGCUGCGAUGGAGAAGCGCCUACAGGAGGACGGAGCAGGAGAUCCACCGUUUUAAAGACAUCCAGGCCAGAAGAGCCAGAUUCCAGACUGACUUCUCUUUGGUCAGCCAGCGUCUGCUCGGUGCCAGCAAACACCUGAAGACUUUGUCGGGCCUGGCAGAUUCCUCCGAGCUGAGUCAGGAGAGCCUUCAAAGAAGUCUGGUUCAGCUGCUGGACUUCUCUAUGGAGCUGGAGACCAUCUCAGAGCUGUGGGAGUCCGUAUCAAAAGACGCCACUGAGCUGCUCCACCUGAGGGAAGCAGAUUGUCCCAAGCUGAGAACCCAGAUCAGUCAGAUGGAGGUCGGCUGCAGCCAAAUGACCUCUGACCUCUCCAGGAGUCAAGACCGGCUGCAGCAGCGUCUGACGGCUGCAGAGCCGCCGCUGGAGCUGCUGUCUGACCUGGAGGCCUGGCUGAAAAGAACCGAGGCUCAGUUGAACCAGGAGAACGAACGGAUCUGCAAGGCCCAAAACGCAGCUCAGUUUGCUGAAAUCCUGCAGAAAUAUCGGGUGAUGAGGAAAGCUCUGGCCAAUGGUCACUUCCUCUUUGACUUCCUGUCUCAGCCUGGGCGUCGGAUGGUGGCAGCAGACGUUCAGAGUCUCGGCUCCGAGCGCACAACGUUCGCAGAGGGACUCGGCACCGUCAGGUCGCAGUGGCUGCACCUUCAGAGGGAGCUGGAGAAACGGGUUUGCGACGUGAAACACGUCCAUCAGGCCUGUGCAGAACGAGAAAGACGUCUGCAGAAGCUCCGCGGCCGGCUCGAGCAGCAGCAGCAGCAGCUGCAGCGGUGGAAACGGCCCAUCGCUCAGACUCUGGCUCACAGCGCUCUUCCAGAGUGGGAGGCUGCUGUCGGCAGAGUGAAGGAGGUCUCUGGAGCUCUGCGGGAGUUGAGGACAACCCGAGUGCAUUGUGGGAAGGAAGAAAAGCACCUGUGUGACGCCGUCUUCUCCGAGCGAGCAGAGUGCGUCAGUCGGACGUGCAGGGAUCUUAGUGAACAGAUGGAAGCGCUCAGACCUGCUCUUCAGCAGACUGUGGAGGAGUGGACUUUCUUCCAAAGAGCUCUGGGGGACGUUACUCUGUUUGCCACGAGGGUUCGCUGCGCCCUGCGGCGUCAGCAGGCUCCUCUCUUCUCACUGAAGCAGGCUGAAGGAUACUCAGACUUCCUCCAGGAGCUCCAGACGAAGGUGGAGGCGGAGGAGGAGCAACUUUGGACGGCUGUGGAUAAAUCCCAUCGGAGGCUGGUGGAGACGCUCCAUCAGGGAGCAGCUCGGGCUCUUGGUGAUAAAGUGGACGGAGAGCGGAAACGGUGGAAGAGCACAGUGCAAGAGAUACAAGACGAGCAUGAAAAGACUGGAAACACCUUUUCCCUCUGGAAGGAGUACAGCCGCCUCUCGUGCAGCUGCUCUCAUCACCUGCAGCACCUGUGGGCUGAGUUUAGCUCCUCACCUGAAGCAGACCCACAAGCCAAGAUUUGUUCUCUCAAGAAGCUGCAGGGUGCUGCUGAAGAGUUGCAAAGCAGCAUGGGAGCCGUGCUGGAAGUAUCCAAGCAUCUUAUUGGACACCUCGAACCUCUGGCCGCAAAGCUGAUCCAAUCAGAAACCAGACUGCUGAUGAAUGAGAUCCUGCUGCUGAACCAGGCUGCAUCAGGAGUAAAUGAAGGUCUUCAGAUGAAUUUGGAACAGCAGAAACACUUUCAGACUCGACUGGAGACUCUUGAAGAACAGAUGCUGAAACUGAAGACUGGUGCACGUGACACAGACUCUGUAAAGCAGGUUCUUUUGGACCUCAGUGACCUGGUUCCAUCUCUAGUUGACGUCAGGGAGACGACUGGCUUGAUGACUUUUAACAACCAGGAGAGAGAGAGAGUGGGCUCACUCUACAGGCAGUGGGUGGAAAACGUAACUCUGGCAUCAGACAGAAACAGAGAGCUGAACGAGGAGCUCCAGAGCUCCCAGGACUUCCAGGAAAAAUGUAAGAAACUGAAUUCUAUCCAGGAAAAACUGGAGCGAGACUCGGUGUGCAGAAAACCUCCGAGUUACUCAAACCUUCAGGAGAUGCUGAGCGUUCAUCAGGCGCUUCAGGCUGAGAUAUUUGUUGGACACCAGCUCCUGCAGCAUCUCGUCUGUGAAGCAGUUGAGUCCAUGGAGUCAGAGCCAGCUGAGAAAAGAUCUGAACUCAUGAUGCAAAUGACCCGUCUGAAGAAGAGCUGGUGCAGCUCUGUGGCUCUGGCUGGGCAGAACUGGACCUUGAUAAAGGAUCAGCUGCAGCACUGGGGAAUCUUCCGUCAUGGUUUAAAAUCUUUAAAGAAGCUGUGGCGUUCCGUGGACUCUUUACUGCCCCCUACAGGACCACCUCUUUGCACGCUGAAUCAGCUGCAGAGCUGCAGGUCUCUUUGCCAGCGUGUUGAAGACUCGUUGGACCUCCACGCUCCCGUCUACGCCCAGACAACGGAAGUCGCAGAACAUCUGAGUGAAAUCCUCAUGGAGUCGGAUUCUCAGAGUCGACUUCAGUCCGAGCUUCAAGACAUGAAAGAAGCCUGGGAGCGAAGCACCGAACAGCUCAGGACAAACAAAGACCUGCUUGAUACUGCUGUCCAGAUGUGGUGCCAGAGUCAGAGGGCAGUAACGAACAUCCAGGCUGAACUGAACAAGGUGAGACGAUCGCUCACUGGAAGACCUGAAGACUCCGAGGAGCCGCUCAAACAGGUGAAUGAGACCGAACUCUCUCUGCAGUUUUUGUCCACUGGAUUGAAGGAACUGGACACCAUGAAGACGGACCUGUCCCAGCACUUGGCGGCCAGCGACUCGGCUCUGCUGGAGCAGCAGCUGGAGCAGCUCCACUGCCAAUGGGAAGAGCUGUGUGUGAAGGUGUCUUUACGCAGGCAGGAAAUAGCCGACCGCCUCAACGCCUGGACCGUCUUCAACGACAAGAACAAAGAGUUCUGUGAUUGGCUGACUCAGAUGGAGAAGAAGGUGAGCCAGAGCGGAGACCUGAGCAUCGAGGAAAUGGUGGAGAAACUGAAAAAGGACUGCAUGGAGGAAAUUAACUUGUUCAGUGAAAACAAGAGCCACCUGAAGCAGCUGGGGGAGCAGCUGCUGCUGGCCAGCGACGAGGCCAAGCAGAGCCAGGUCCGCGGGUCGCUGCAGGAAGUCAAUCAGCGGUGGCACAACCUUUUCCACCACAUCGAAGCCAGAGUAAAGAAGCUGAAGGAGACUCUGGUGACGCUGCAGCGGCUGGAUAAGAACAUGAGCAACCUCCGCUCGUGGCUUUCCCGCGUCGAGGCCGAGCUGUCCGCACCGAUCACCUACAGCGUUUGUCACGAGCAGGAAAUCCAGAGGAGGCUGGCUGAGCACCAGGAGCUGCAGAGGGACAUUGAGCAGCACACAGAAGGCGUCGCGUCGGCGCUCAGUCUGUGCGACGCUUUGCUGCGGGACGAAGAUGCUGCAGGCGGUGCUGAGGCGGAGAGCGACUCGCUGCAGGAUACCAGCCGCAGCCUGGACCAGAGAUGGAGAACCGUCUGUGCCUUGGCUCUGGACAGACGGCUCAGGAUCGAGGAGACGUGGACCCUCUGGUGUAAGUUCCUCAACGACUACUCCCACUUUGAAGAUUGGCUCAAGAUGGCGGAGAGGACGGCGGCCAACCCCGACUCUGCCGACGUCCUCUUCUCUGUCGCCAGGGAGGAGCUGAAGAAGUUCGAGGGUUUCCAAAGGCAGGUUCAAGAGCGGCUGACUCAGUUGGAGCUCAUCAACAACCAGUACCGCCGCCUGGCCCGGGAAAACCGCACCGACGGAGCCAGGCAGCUCAAAGCCGCGGUCAGUGAAGGCAACAGGCGCUGGGACGCCCUGCGCCGAAGAGUGGCCGCCAUCCUGCGCAGGCUCAAGCAUUUUACCGGCCAGAGAGAGGAGUUUGAGGGCACCAGAGAGAGCAUGUUGGUGUGGCUGACUGAGCUGGACCUGCAGCUCACCAACGUGGAACAUUUCUCCGAGAGCGACGUCCAUCACAAGAUUCAGCAGCUCAACAGUUUCCAGAAGGAGAUCGCUCUGAACACCGAGCGCAUUGACGGGCUGAUCGUGUUUGGAGAGGCUCUGAUCCAGAAGAGUUCACCGCAGGACGCGGCGCUGAUAGAGGAUGAGCUGGAAGAGCUGCACUUGUACUGUCAGGAGGUUUUCAGCAGGCUGGUCCGCUUCCACCAGCGCCUCAGCCAGCCCCCAAUGGUCAAAAAGGAGUCAGAACUCUCAGAUCUCACCUUCUCCCUUGAGCCAAGCUUGGAGCUGAUUGGCCGGCCGUGGUUGGGGAGGAGCCUGGGAAGCCUCCCGGCCACGCCCACUCACCUGCUGACCUCUCCUCUGGAGCGUUCUGGACGGGAGUCUCCGGUGAGCGUGGACUCCCUCCCUCUGGAGUGGGACCACACAGGAGACGUCGGAGGGUCGUCAUCACAUGAGGAUGAGGAGGAGGAAGAAGACGAGGAGGGCGGAGCUUAUUUCAGUGCUCUGUCAGCUUCAAGCAGGUCUCUGUCUCUUCAUGACGGUCCAGGGUGGAGGUCAGCAGAGGCUCAGCUGGACACGGAGGACACGGCGGACGCUGAGACCACGCCCACCCUCACCAGCACUCCUUUACAGCCCGAUUACCUGAGUCUCGCGUCUGAGGUCAGCGGCACCAUCGAGGACGUAAAGGGAGUCGCGCUGGUCCUGGAUGGCGAGGAGCAGCGGGAGGAGUUUGGUCUGAACACCUCGGACAGUCCGUCGGGUGUGAUCGAACGCCAGGAGCCGCUUCAGGCUCAGUCCAGGUGCAGCCAGUCUCAGGAGCCUGAUCUGGAUGACAUCACUUCCUGGUUAGAGAACACGAUCCCUGAGCUGGACCGCCUCCUGCGGUCCGACCCAGCGGUCAGUAUAAAGGACAUGGAAGCUAAAGCCAAAGAACUGAAGGAGAAGGAGAGAGUGUUCUCCCACUACAAGUCCAUAAUGCAGAUGAUCAACCUGAAGACCAAGGAUGCUCCAGAACAUCAGGAGAAACAGGCGAGAGUGAACAGAAACUGGAGCAAAGCUUGUGCCAGACUCCAGCAGUGGGACAGCAGCCUGAGGAAGGCGCUGAUCCGCUGCCAGGAGUUUCAUGGAAGCCUCCACUCUCUGCUGCUGUGGUUGGCUCGCACAGAGAGCAGAUGUUGCUCCGUGGACGUUAACCGCCCGGAGACGAGCGUCGGAGCGCUGCGGCGACACAACAACACGCUGACGGAGCUGCAGGUGGAGCUGCGGGGCAGGCAGACCCAGCAGGCCUCCCUUCAGGCUCUGUGGUCUCUGCUCCGGCCUGACGACGAUGCCGAGGACGCCCAGGAGAAGCUCCAGGUGACGGGCAACAAGCUGAAGCAGCUCGUGAAGCUGGUGGAGCAGAACCUUCGCACCCUGCAGCAGCGGCUGCUCGUGUUUUACUACAACUGCACGUUUUCUGUGUCCUGCAGAGAAGACGGAGAGUCCUCCCCACCUCGCUCCUUCUUGUGCCGCCUCCUGCGUGCCGCCGUCCUCCUGCUGCUGCUCCUCCUGCUCCUCCCCUGCCUGAUCCCCCUGUCGGACCGCGGCCCCGGCUGCACCGUGACCAACAACUUCGCACGGUCCUUCUACCCCAUGCUGCACUACACAAACGGCCCCCCGCCCACAUGAGCCGUUGGAAAACACGAACCGUGCAACUUCAUGUUGGAAAAUUAUCUACAACUUUUAUUUAUGAUCAAAUUGUAAAGAUCU